GGGGAGGUCAGGCAAGUGUGGGCCACUGUGACUGGGGACUCUCCAACUGCGACAAAGCGAGGGACCAGGCGCGCCCUCACUCCACCGAGAACUUCUGGCAGAACGGGAGGACAGCACACGUCCCGCCUCCCUUGGCCGACGUGGCGGCUGCGCGGCGCGGGAGGCAGGGAGGGGCGCAGCCGGGCGGGCCGGAAAGUUUGUUCGGUGGUGGCGGCCUCCGAGGCGACUCGGCCGGGGAGGGGAUGCGCGCCCGGUCCCCAGUGCCCCCAGCAGCCCGCCCGCGGAGCCCGGCUCGCCAUGGGCUGUCCUCCACCUGUCGUGCCCCUGUGUGCCUCUGUGUCUUUGCUGGGUGGCCUGACCUUUGGCUACGAACUGGCCGUCAUAUCGGGUGCCCUUUUGCCACUGCAGCUUGACUUUGGACUGAGCUGCUCACAGCAGGAACUCGUGGUGGGCAGCCUGCUCCUGGGGGGGCUCCUUGCCUCUCUGGGGGGCGGCUUCCUCAUUGACUACUAUGGCAGGAAGCGAACCAUCCUGGGGAGCAACCUGGUGCUGCUGGUGGGCAGCCUGAGCCUGGGCCUGGCUGGCUCUCUGCCCUGGCUGGUCCUAGGCCGCUUGGCAGUUGGCUUCGCCAUCUCACUGUCCUCCAUGGCCUGCUGCAUCUACGUGUCAGAGCUAGUGGGACCUCGGCAGCGGGGAGUACUGGUGUCCCUCUAUGAGACGGGCAUCACCGUGGGCAUCCUGCUGUCAUAUGCCCUCAACUAUGCCCUGGCCAGCGCCCCGUGGGGGUGGAGGCACAUGUUUGGCUGGGCUGCCGCACCAGCUGUCCUGCAAUCUCUUAGCCUCCUCUUCCUCCCAGCUGGUGCAGAGGAGACCGUAGUGUAUAAGGACCUCAUCCCACUCCAGGGAGGUGAGGCUACCAAGCCAGGCCUGGGGAGGCCACACUACACAUUUCUGGACCUCUUCAGGGCCCGGGAUAACUUGCGAGGCCGGACCACAGUGGGGCUGGGAUUGGUGCUUUUCCAGCAGCUAACAGGGCAACCCAAUGUUCUAUGCUACGCUUCCACCGUCUUCCAUUCAGUCGGCUUUCGUGGAGGGUCCUCCUCUGUGCUGGCCUCUGUGGGGCUCGGUGUGGUAAAGGUGGUAGCUACGCUGACUGCCAUGGGGCUGGUGGACCGUGCUGGCCGCAGGGUCCUACUGCUAGCUGGCUGCACCCUUAUGGCCCUGACAGUCAGUGGCAUAGGCCUUGUCAGCUUUGUGGUGCCCAUGGACUCUGGCCCCAGCUGCCUGGCCAUGCCCAAUGCCACCCAAAAGACAGGCUUCCCUGGAGGCUCUGACCUGCUGAAGGAACCAUCGCCACCUCCAAUGCCAAGAACCGCAGGAGACCAAUGGGAGCCAGUCUUGACAACUGCUAAGAAAACCAAGUUCCAUCCCCGAGCCAGAGCUGCCACAGUUACUCCCUUGCCAGCCCUGAGCACCACCUCCCUGGUGCCCCCUGACCCCACCCCAGAGCACACACUGCUGCGCUGGACAGCGCUAAUCUGCCUGAUGGCCUUCGUGAGUGCCUUCUCCUUUGGCUUUGGACCAGUGACCUGGCUUGUCCUCAGUGAGAUCUACCCUGGGGAGGUCCGCGGCAGAGCCUUCGCCUUCUGCAACAGCUUCAACUGGGCCACCAACCUCUUCAUCAGCCUCUUCUUCCUCGAUCUCAUUGGUGCCAUUGGCUUGUCCUGGAUCUUCCUGCUUUAUGGGCUGACCGCUGUCCUCGGCCUUGGCUUCAUCUACUUUUUCGUUCCUGAAACAAAAGGCCGGACACUGGCGGAGAUAGACCAGCAGUUCCAGAACAGUCGGUUCACCCUAAGCUUUGGCCACAGGCAGAGCUCAGCCGGCAUCCAGUACAGCCGCAUCAAGGUCUCCUCGGCCUCCUGAGGAGUCCCUGCACCCAGAAGAUGCCGACUGUCGGUGUCUGCAGACCAUCUCCAGCUUCCUGCUUGCUGGGCCCUGCAGCACAAGGUCCAGGAGGCCCUUUGGGAGUGACUCUUGCCCCACAGGAGGUUUUUGUGGUUUUCUGGGGUUUUUUUUUUUUUUUUUUUUUUUUUGCUGGGGUCAGAGAUGAAAGUCUGAGUAGCCCAAACUCACUUUGAGUGUGACACCCUGAGGAUCUGUCUUCAUGCCUCAGUUUCCCCACUGACUUUGCAUAUAUCUGCAGCAUUUUUAGUGAGAACAUCUAUGGAGUUCUCCUCACACCAGGGACUUUCUCAAGCAAUCUUUGGGGUACCAGUCCUGGCAGGAAGUGUCUCCUAGAAUUGCCCCUAAAUCCACCAAGGGUACCAUAGUCUCUGCUGUCUUUUUCCAUCCGGCAGGGAGUCUUUAGGGAGAAUCCUGCCUUUGGAAUCUUACCUCGCAGUCUUGAUCAUCCCCUUGAAUUCUCUUGCCAAAGACAUUUAUCAUUUACUUGAAACUCUGCUUGGCCGGGCCUGAAUUCUAGUCCUGGUUCUGCCGGUGUUAUUCCUCUAUGAGCCUGGGCCUCAGUUUUCCCCCUACGUGCAAUGGGAGUCUUGGGCUGGGCUGUCCUUGAGACCUCUUCUGACCCCAUUGGGCUGGAAUUCUAAAGGCGGGUGACUCAACAGAUACUCAGCACAGUGCUGCCACCCUCCUGUUGCUGGCGUCACUUUGGCGGAUUCAAGUUUUAGUUUGGUGGGAAGGAGAGUGGGAUUUGGGGGCUGCGCACACAUAGAUCCAAAAACUGUCAUGUGCGUGUGACAGAUGCGAAGGUCCACUUCCCGGACAGGGCAGAAUGCUCGGCCGGAUGGGGGCAGUUCGAGGACCACACACCCGAUGUCAUUGUGGCCGCCGCUAACAGCUCCCUCAGUGUCUGUGUCCUCAUCUGCACAGUAGGGACAGUUGUGGCCCUGCUGCUGUGUCUAACCCCCUGCGUCCCUUGGCCCAUAACGGUCCCUCCGUUUCUAGAUACUUCCUCAUCCAGGGAUGGGCUACAGCCGGCUUGUGAGAGCUGAUUAUUAAAUUAAACCAGUUGUUAAACACGACCGUUAUCAAAAAUGUAACUUAUUUUACAUUAUUGAACUUACAAUUAAAUGCAUUGUAUAAAAGACAAAGGUGGGUUGGGGAUUUAGCUCAGUAGCACAGUGCCUGCCUGGCAAGCACAAGGUUGUGAGUUCGAUUCCCGGUACUGGAAAAAAAAAAAAAGACAAAGGUAAUUAAUACCCAACACUCAUUGAUGCCUAAUUAUCUUAACGCACUUUACUGUUAUCUGUGUUCCGCUGGCCCCAGAACUGUGUCUGCUUCACACAGGUUACGGAGCACCAAUCGGGACUGGAUCAUUGUGUUGCUGACUUCCCAGAGUUACCAUCUGCUGGGUCACAUGUUACUAAUGCAAACUGAACUCAAAAGUGUGCCAUGUUUUAGCUGAUACAUUGUAAGUAAAUAAAAAUACCUAAAAGAA